CAGUACGCACGAACAGAACUUCCGGUCCGUCUUGCAAGACGUGUGCGUGCUUUUCAGGGUUUACCUUUUAUUGUUGGAACGAAUCCAUACAUCAAGGAAAUUUACAAGCUCUAUUAUGAAUCCUUUGAGAGCCUAGAACAAUAUUCCCACAAUACAGACAGUACAGAUGACCAUGAAUUUGGAGAAAAGCUCAAAGACCUUGUCAGUCGUCACACAGACAAUAUUCCAACUCUGGCCAGAGGUUUCCUGGAGUGUAAGCAAUACAUGAAUAGUCAGGAUAUGGCUGCAUUCUUGGAUGACAUGAUCCAUGCACGGAUAGGUAUCCGCCUGAUUGCUGAACAGUGUAUUUCUCUUAUGCAUCAGCACAAAGCCUCUGAGAACCUUCAUGAGGAUGGUUAUAUUGGCAUCAUUGAUACCCAGCUAAACCCACAAAAGGUGAUCAAACAUUGUGUUGACUUUGUGUCCGAGUUAUGUGAAUUCAACUAUGGACAGAGUCCAGAGACAGAAAUCGAUGGUCAAACAAGCACUACAUUUACCUAUGUACCCGUUCACCUUGAAUACAUCCUCACAGAACUACUUAAGAACUCUCACAGAGCAACGGUCGAAUAUGCUCGAAAGACUGGCCGACCAGAUAUACCAAAGAUACAGAUCACCUUAAGCCAAGGAAGAGAAGAUAUCGGGAUCCGUAUCAGGGAUCAGGGUGGAGGAGUCGAUGAGGAGGAUCUCAACAAGGUGUUUGAGUAUUCAUAUACAACUGUGGCAAGCAAAGAUGACAAUAGUGAUCCCUCAGAUGUCUUUAGAGACAUGGCUGAGAUGGCAAUGCAGAGUGGAGUGGGUGGUCCACUUGCUGGUCUAGGAUUCGGACUUCCUUUGGCACGGAUGUAUGCACGGUACUUUGGUGGUUCACUUACAUUGGUGUCCAUGAACGGAUAUGGUUGUGAUGUAUUUCUGAAACUC